AGCCUCAAACAUGCAUGGGGUUUAACAGGAGCAGAAGCGCAGGCGAGAUCAGAACAGGAUCCACAACACAAAGACAUUCAGUCCUUCAAGAUGACCAACCUAGGAUAUGCUGUUCUGCUUUCAGUGUUCAUCUGUCAGAUUUACAUCACCACAGCACAGGACUGUCCCAGUAAGCAGGACCUCCAGAACUCCAUCCAUCAGGCCCAGAAGCUGCUCUCGGCACAGGAAUCCUCAUACCUGCAGAGUCUCCGCACACUGAAGAAGAAGCUCAGCCUCCUGCAGGACAGCGUUGUUCGGCUGCCCGCUAAACCCAAGAACUUCACCUGUCCUGCCCUGGACACUCCGGCCAAUGGCAGAAAGCUGGGAAAAGUUUUGUUUCCUGGCCACGAGGCUCACUUCCUGUGUGAUGCUGGCUACGAGCUGCUGGGGUCUGAGACGCGGCAGUGUAGAGACUCGCUCAGCUGGAGCGGCCAGCAGCCCGUCUGCAGAGAAAUCGACGAGUGUCUUUCAUCACCCUGUGCCAACGCCGGCACCUGUACAGACGAGGUCAACGGGUUCAGUUGUGUGUGUCCAAAGGGCUGGGCCGGACCCGCGUGCCAGUCGCCAACACCCACAUUUUUGGUCACCGUAAUGAACUCGCCUGCGUUCAGCGCUGCGCCUGCCUCCACCCGUCCUGCCCGAUGCAGCACGGUGCAAGGAACCACUGUCUGCAGCUGCGAGCCGGGAUUCAGCCUCUCUGGCCGCGACAGCAGCGCCUGCACGGAUAUCGACGAGUGUAAACUCUUCCACAAUGGGCCGGCGGGGCGGUUAUGUCUGCACACGUGUGUGAACACUGCUGGAGGGUACCGCUGCUCCUGCCCCACUGGGUACAACCUGACCCGCGACGGGCGCAACUGCAAAGAUAUCGAUGAGUGCAGCAGCAGGCAGAACGACUGCACACGCGAGCAGAUCUGCGUCAAUACAUACGGAGGGUUUCAGUGUGUCAAAGUGGAGUGUCCAAACAUACAGGACGCCACCUACGCCAAAACCUCUGCAGUGCGCUGCGAGAGGAACCCCUGCCCUGCAGACAGCAGGAGCUGCUCUCAGGCCCCAAACUCCAUCUCCUUCCACUACCUGUCUUUGGUGUCCAACCUGUCGGCGCCGCGGGUCGUGUUCCGCAUGUCUGCCAGCAGGAUGAUCGGAGACUCGCUGCGCUUCGCUGUAUCAGGAGGCCGCAGCCGCCGGCACUUCAGCAUGCAGCGUUUGGACCGUCAGACGGGGGAGCUGCUGCUGACGGGGCCGGUGCAGGGACCCCAAACCCUGGAGCUGGAGCUGGAGAUGAGCGAGCUGGACCGCAGAGAGCUGCUGGGCCGAUACGUCACCAAACUCAAGAUAUUUGUCUCGCAGUAUGAGUUCUAGAGUUCAGCUGGAGAAUCACUGACACACCGGCUAGUUAGCAUGCGCAGUCUUGCGUAUAUUCUGAGCCGAAAGGACAAACAGGAGUGCAGGCUGUAGUUCGCUAGAAGCCAAACGUGUCUGACGCUGGAACAGAAGUCUGACCAUAAUCCUCUGCUGUUUGUAUUAAUGAGAGUGUAGCUGGAAGAUAAUCCCUAUUGAUGUGUUUCUGCAGUCUAGUGUGUGCAUGUCUGUCUUUUUUAUUCACAUGUCCAGGGCCGAUCGACAACAGACAGACAGAAAAUACAGAAAUGUGUUCAUUUAAGAGCUCAUCAUGAUACUAUUUACAUGUAAAGGGCGCCUAUAAUGCAGAACUGACUUUUAUAUGGGCUUAACCCCAGUUGUGUGUCAGCAGUGUGUGAGUAUCUCCAGCCUCUGAUGGUUAACAUGAGUUCUGUUUUAUCAGCAAUCAGACUUGAGUGAAACACUUUGAUUGACAUUCUCUCUUUGUACGUGUCAUCAGAAGGGGAAGCCCCGCCCACUAGUGCCCAUCAUCUCUCCAUAAACAGCAGCCCUGAGUGAGAAGCAGCCGUCUGUCCAUUAGCCAUUAGAGUGUUUGAGCUGCUGAAGAUAAUGUCAGCAUAGACUAAAAGGAUUCUAGAUGUGGAGUUCUAGAUGAACAGAGACAGGAGCAACAUAGACUGACAGAAGACUGAAGCACACACUCACACUGAAGCACACACAACACACACACUGCUGUUUUACAUCUGCCGCUAUGCUGAUGCAUAUGCAUCUGGAGCUCCGCCCUCUUCUGAAAAGAGCACAAUCUCAUUUGCAUUUAAAGCGACAGUCACCAAAACACCACGAUUAGGAUCAAAGCCUGAAAGGGUCAGUUUCAGAGAGCUGGAGAACAUUAUCUGUGUGUUAUUCUCAGCUCAAACACACACACACACACACACACACACACACACACACACACACACACACACACACACACACACACACACACACACACACACAAACACACACACACACACACACACACACGAGAGAGAGAGACAGCAGAGACGCAUUUACAGCUUGUAAAAAGCAGCAGAACAGCACACCUUUAACUAUAGGCUGUAUGGUUUACUUAUUAUUGCUCCUUCUUUGCACUCUUGAUUAAUUAACAGUUGCAGGUAUUAGUGUAAAGCAAGGUUUGGUAAUAAAACAUUAUCUUGUAUAAUAAAUAAACAUUAAACAAUAAGUACUUUUUAAAUGUAAGUAGCUAAAUAAAGAAAGGUUAUCCUUA